AUGCAUCAAGAUAUAAGAAAGUCUAAGAAAAGUAAGAGUGUUGUAGAGAAGUUAAAGAAGACUCAAAAGGUGGCUGUUGGAAAGAGAAAGAGCUCUCGUUUAAGCGAUGAUGAAGGUUUGAACAGUGAUGAGUUGGAGGAGGUAUCAAGUGAGGAUGACGAAGCCAGCAAGAAGAAAUUUCCCGUUCACAAGGAGUUGAAGGAUAUGAGCAUGUAUAAGUGGGAGUCUGGAACUCUCUAUGCAACAAGAGAGGAGUUCAAGGAAGCUGUGACAUCAUAUGCUGUUCAUACUGGGAGAAACAUAAAAUUUCCAGUGGUGGACAAUGUCCGGGUGAGGGCUAAGUGUGGAGAUGGGUGUGAAUGGUUUGCAUAUGCGGUGAAGAUGGCCAAUGAAGAUAGUUGGCAGCUAAGAACUGUUAAUGAUCAUCAUUCUUGUAACACUGUAUUUGACAUAAAAGUGAUGAAGUCGAAGUGGCUGGCGAAGGUCUUCAGGAGGAAAGUAGAAGAGAAUCCGAAGUUGAAGCUGGGCACCAUACAAAGUAGGACCCUUAGGAAGUGGAAUGUGCAGAUUUCAAGAGCAAAGGCAUUUCGGGCCAAGCAGAUUGCACUGGCUUGCAAGGAGAGUUUCAUGAAGUGUAGGCCUAUGAUAGGACUUGAUGGUUGCUUCUUGAAGACACCAUAUGGAGGAUGGCUUUUGGUUGCUAUGGGGUGGGAUCCGAAUGACCAGAUGCUACCGAUCGCAUAUGCAGUCGUGGAGGCUGAGACAAAAGAUUCAUGGACAUGGUUCCUCUCAAACCUAAUUGAUGAUAUAGGAGCAGAGAAAUUACUUCGUAGCACAUUCAUGUCUGACCAACAAAAGGGCUUGGUGCCAACUUUUGAUGAACUACUUCCAGGUGUUGAUCACAGAUUCUGUGUGAGACACCUCUAUGCCAACUUCAAAAAAAAAUUUCCAGGGCUCAAUCUUAAAAAAAGGAUGUGGAGAGCUGCAAAAUGUACAUAUCUAGCAGCAUGGAAAAAGGAGUUGAUGGAAAUCCGAGCGAUUAGUGAGGGUGCCUAUCGACACUUGAUAGGAAUUCGUCCAAAGUAUUGGACUAAAUCAAGGUUUGAAUUCUAUCCUAAAUGUGAUGCACUUGUCAAUAAUAUGUGUGAAAGCUUCAACUCUGCAAUUGUUGAAUCAAGGGAAAAACCUAUAUUGACAAUGCUAGAAGAUAUUAGAGUUUAUUUGAUGAAGAGAUGGGCUGAAAAUAGGGUACUUAUUGAGAAGUAUAAGGAUGAUAUUCUUCCUAGGAUUAAGCUUAAGUUACAAAAGGAAAUAGAUGCUUCUAGGUGGUGGUUCCCGGUUGCUGCCGGAAUUUCAAAAUUUGAGGUCAUAAGAGGUAGGGACAAAUUUGUAGUAGAUCUUCUGAAAAAAGAAUGUACUUGUAGAAAGUUUCAAAUGACAGGUUUACCUUGUCCACAUGCAGUUAGUGCAAUUAAUUGUGCUAAAUAUGAUAUUAGAAAAUAUGUUGCCACCUGUUACACUAAAGCUGCUUAUGUGGCUUGUUAUGUCCCCAUGAUUAACCCUUGCAAUGGACAUACAAUGUGGGAGAGAACUAUUCAUCCAGAUGUGGUUCCUCCACCACACAGAGUGCCAAUUGGGAGGCCUAAGAAGAAAAGAGCAAGAGGGGAGGGUGAAGAACCACACGGCCCAAGCACUUCUAGGCUGGGGUUACAACAAAAAUGCUCUCAUUGUCUAAAAUUGGGUCACAACAAGCGAGGCUGCCCUCUUAGAAGACCAACCGAAACUACUGCUGCUACAUCGUCGGCCCAAAACAAUAAUGCUGGAACUGCUACAUCAUCACCAUCCCAGCACAGCACUGCUAAGAAAGCUGGAUCUACUGGCUCAGCGCAUAAGAGGACCAGGUUGGCCAAUGUUGCAGCAAGGCCUAAUACCCAACCAACUGCACAAAAAAAAUUUCAGCCACCAAGACCAACUAGAAUCCUUAGGAGCAACUCCACUUCAACUGCACAUGGACAACCCUCAUCACAAGGGAGUCAAACUCAGAGUACUCUCACAGGGUCUUAG